UUCAACGAUUGAAAGAUUUUCAGGUUUGUCAGCUGUCAUACGCUGCUCACAAGAGGAGCCAGCACAGCACCACAGGAGUGCAGCAGAGUUCUGUCCAGUCAGUGAAGGGGUCGGAGUUCAUACCUAGCCAGCUGCUGCCGCCGAGAGUCAAGAAGUACCUGGCCAUGGACCCUGACACCAAUGAGGUCAUUGGAUACAUAGUUCCUGUCUUCAGGACCAGCCAUGAGUUUGCCAGGGGCCUAGUGGAGGUCCAGGAAGAAGUGAAGGAGGAGGGGGUGGGGCAUGUUGCCAUGAGGAACCUGUUCUCCCGGGAAGCCAGCUCCAUGGAGACAGUUACCGUGGAGAAGAAGAGCAGGAAGAGGCACAUUAGAGAGUCAGCUGACCGCCUGGAGCUCAGCAAGAAGGUUGAGGAGAGAGCAGAGUUCCGUAAGAAGCAGAACAGUGACAGCCUGACCCAUCCUCCUGAGUUCAUAGUUCGUCCCCGAGGACAGACUGUCUGGGAGGGCAAGACUGUCAAGCUGCACUGCACCGUGACUGGAUGGCCUAAACCACGCAUUGCAUGGUAUAAGAACAAUGUGAUUAUAGAUGAGAAGGCCAAUCCUGACAAGUACGCAGCAGAGAGCAACUACAACAUGCACUCUCUGGAGAUCAAGAGCUGUGACUUCCUGGACACGGCUCAGUACCAUGUGUCUGCUCUCAACAUAAAGGGAGAGAGCUCCUCCGUUGCCACCGUGGUCAUCAAGAGGUUCCAGGAGGGAGAUAAAGUGGGACCUCUUGAUGCUAAACCACAUGGGUUCUGCUCGGAGCAUGGCGUGACCUUUGAGACAGCCAUCAUAGACUCGUUUGAGGUGGCGUUCGGCCGGGAGGGAGAGACUCUGAGUCUGGGCUGCACCGUCAUCGUCUACCCAACCGUUAAACGCUACCAGCCUGAUGUCCUCUGGUACAGAGAUGGCAAGGCCCUGUCAGAGUCUAAGUGGGUCCACAGCCACUGGAGUGGAGAGAAAGCCACACUGACACUGGUCCAUCUUAACAAGGAGGAUGAAGGACUCUACACCCUGAGAGUUAACACCAAGUCUGGCUUCCAGACCCACUCCGCUUACGUCUUCGUCAGAGAUGAAGAGGUGGAGUUGGAAGGUGUUCCCGUGGCGCCCCUUGACGUGCGUUGCCAUGACGCCAAUAAGGACUACGUUGUGGUGACAUGGAAACAGCCGGCGGUGGAGGGAAGCAGCUCCAUCCUGGGAUACUUCAUUGAUAGGUGUGAGGUCGGCCACCACCACUGGGCUCAGUGUAACGACACCCCUGUGAAGUACGCCCGUUUCCCAGUAACGGGGCUGAUUGAGGGGAGGAGCUACACCUUCCGGGUCAGAGCCAUCAACCGGGCUGGGGUCAGCCGACCUUCUAGAGCCUCUGAUCCUGUUACGGCCAUAGACCCCCACGACAGGGCUCGCCAUCGAGCUGGUCCCUCUGCUCCCUUCACCGGAAUGAUCAAGUUCACUGAGGAAGACGCUACAGUGGGCGUGGUCCCAGGUGAGCCCACCGACCUGGUGGUUACCGAGGCAACGAAGAACUACGUGGUUCUGGCCUGGACUCCUCCCGCUCAGAGAGGUCAUGAGGGGGUUAUGUACCUCGUAGAGAAGUGUGUUGCGGGCAGUGAGUGCUGGCAGAGGGCCAACACAGGGAUGCCCGUCAAGUCUCCUCGCUUCGCCCUGUUUGAUCUGGCAGAGGGAAAGCGCUACAGCUUCAGAGUCCGCUGCUGCAACUCUGCUGGGAUGUCUGAGGCCUCCUCUGCUACUGGAGAUAUCACUGUAGGAGAUAUGCUGGACCUGCCUGCGGCCCCCGGCCCAGCCGUAGCCACUAGGAACACAGAUACAUCAGUUGUUGUUUCCUGGGGGGCGUCCAAGGAUGUAAAACACCUGGUGGGAUAUUACAUCGACUAUACUGUGGUGGGCAGUGAUGUCUGGACCCCUGCAAACAACAAGCCUGUUAAAGGAACCAGGUUUGUGUGCCACGGUCUGAACACAGGAGAGUCGUGUGUGUUCCGUGUGAAGGCGGUGAAUGCAGCAGGAUACAGUCACAGCUCUUUGGAGUCAGAGGCCGUGGUCGUCAAGGCUGGCAUCGCCGUUCCUGGUAUCCCCAGUGGAGUCCACCUGGUGGAGGCAGCUCGUGACUACAUGGUGUUAGCGUGGAGGGAGCCGGUGGUGACCGGGGGAGCUGACAUCAGAGGAUACUUUGUGGACUACAGGACAGUAAAGGGAGGAGUGGGAGGACAGUGGCAUGAACUUAACCCCAAGGCUGUCACCUGUACUUCCUAUAAGGCAGAGAACCUGAAGGAGAACUCGUUCUACCAGUUCCAGGUGCGAGCCUUCAACAUGGCCGGUGUCAGCGAGGCCUCUCUGCCCAGCGCAGCUCUGGAGUGUAAAGAAUGGACCAUCGCUAAGCCAGGUGUUCCCCAUGGUCUCCGUGUGUUGGAGGUGCGUGACAAUUCCCUGGUGUUGCUGUGGGAAACUCCUACCUUCGAUGGCCGAACUCCUGUCAACGGCUUCUAUGUGGACAUCAAGGAGGCCAUGGCAGGGGAGGUCUGGAAGGGAGUACAUGAGAAGGCCAUCAAGCUGAAGUACAUGAAGGUCAAUGGUCUGAUUGCAGGCAGGUCCUAUGUGUUCAGGCUGCGUGCUCAGAACCUGGCUGGAGUUGGAAAGACUUCUGCUGUGUUAGGACCUGUUCUGGCUCUAACCAUGCCUGGUACACAUGAGAUAGUACUCGAUGUGGAUGAUGAUGGUGUGAUCUCCAUGAUCUUUGAGUGUUCUGAUAUGGCCGAGGGGUCAAAGUUCAUCUGGUCUAAGAACUAUAAGGCUCUGACAGACACCUCCAGACUCACUAUCGUCACAGAGGGGGGAAAGUCCAGAGUGGUCUUUAAUGAUCCCUCUUUGGAGGACCUUGGUAUCUUCUCCUGUGAGGUCACCAACACUGAUGGAGUCUCAGCCAGCUACACUCUUACAGAGGCUGGUCUGAAGCGUCUCCUGGAUAUCAGCCACGAGCACAAGUUCCCCAUCAUUCCCUUCAAGACUCAGAUGGCCAUGGAUCUGCUGGAGAAGGGCCGUGUGAGGUUCUGGACACAGGUUGAGAAGUUCACCGCUGGCUGCCAUGUAGAGUAUGUCUUCAACGAUGCGAUCGUAGAGAACGGAGAGAAAUACACAAUGAACUUUGACAAGAACUCCGGUAUCAUUGAGAUGUUCAUGGACUCUCUCGCGGUCACCGACGAGGGAACAUUCACCUUUAACCUUGUGGACGGGAAGGCCAAGGGGUCCACCAGCCUGGUGCUGAUUGGAGAAGAGUUCAGAGAGCUCCAGAAAAAGUCUGAGUUUGAACAUGCUGAAUGGAUCAGAAGACAAGGUCCUCACUUCGUGGACUACCUUGGUUUCGAAGUCACCCCAGAAUGCAACGUGCUGCUGAAGGCCACGAUAGGAAACAUCAAGCCAGAGACAGAGAUCAGAUGGUACAAAGACGGAUUGGAGAUUGAAGAGGAUGAUGCUGAUUACAAGAAGAUCGAGAUGAAGGACGUACUGUUGACCUUCAACAUCGGAAAGUUGUCCAAAAAGGAUGCAGGUGUGUACGAGGUGAAGCUAAAGGAUGCCAGAGGAAAAGAUAAGAGCAUGUUCAACCUGACUGAAGCAGGUUACCAAGCUGUGCUGAACGAGCUGUUCAGGGUGAUUGCCAAGUCGUCUACGGACAUCAGUGUGCUGAGUACAGAACAUGGUAUCGUCCUCUACUCCUUCAUCACAUAUCACAUGGAGGACCUCCAAGUGGGCUGGCUGCACAAGGAUGCUAAGAUUGCCCACCUGACAGAGUCCAGUGUGGUGUGA